AUGUUUAAGCGAGACGAUACAAACAUUGUGAAAAGGGUAAAUGGAGUUGUGAAAAAAAUACUUGGCAGCGGAGAAUGGAAACCUUUUAAAGAAAAUGAAGAUAAACAAGGUUUAAAAAAAGAAACACAUAACAUAUAUGAGGGAGAUGUUUUCAAGCAUUUAUUCAUAUGGGCAGUUUUAAUGGACCGAAGAAAUUUGGCAAUGUUGUUUUGGAAGAAAGAAAACAAUGAUUAUAUAUAUUCUGCAUUAUAUGCAAGUUCCCUUGCCAAAGAGCUCGCUGAAAAGUCCAGCUCGGAAUCAUUUGUUGAUCAAAGGACAGAUUUGUGGGAAAGUUCUAGGCAAUAUGAAGACCUUGCAUAUAAUGUGAUGACAGAAAUAUAUUGCAAGAAUAAAAACAGGGCUAGGACACUAUUGAUGACAGAGGUGGAAGGAUAUAACUAUACCACAAUAUUGGAAAUAGCUGAAAAGUUUACACUGAUGAAGUUUAUGGGACAUGCAGCAUGUCAAACAAGGCUGGAUAAGAUUUGGAAAGGCGAAAAGCUCAGUUAUAUAUCGAAUGUUAAGGCAAUAGCUGCUGCUUUUAUGCCAAUGUUGAUAAUGUGCUUUGUAAACAUGGUACAGAUAAAUGAUAAUAAGGUUGAAUCAAUAGAGUCAUUUGACAGGUCGUUUCAGCAUAAAAGACGGCCCAACUGGAUGCUUAUAUAUCACUUUUACAAUUCACCUAGGAUCAAAUUUGUUUUCCAUCUUGUGGCAUAUAUGGUUAUGAUAGUAAUUUUUUGCCUAUUUAUACUGACGGAUCUACACCCAAUGUCAGAUAAAAGUCCAUCAAUUUAUGAAUAUAUGGUGUAUGCAAUGGCAGGUUCAUUAAUGAUAGAAGAAAUCAGACAGGCUUUCGUUAUAAAGCAAAUGUCAAGGAACUUAAUGAACUGGUUCAGUUUUUGGACCCUAUAUGAAAUUGUGAUGUAUGGUAUGUUUUUAACUUCUGUAUUUCUAAGAUUGAUCUUGUCAGCAGAUAAAUUCUACCAUACUAGAAUGAUGUACGCAAUAACAUUAGGACUAUUCAUUGUAAACGGGAUGCAGUUUUUUCUUGCUUCAAGACAUAUUGGUCCGAAAGUUAUCAUGAUUGGCAGAAUGAUGUACGACAUCCUCUUUUUUAUAUUGAUAUUUGCUGUGUUUGUUUUUGGCUUUGGUGUCGUUUAUCAAGCAACGAUGUAUCCAAAUUCUAAAGUAGGAUUUCAACUGUUCAAGGAAAUCAUAUACAUGCCGUAUUGGCAGUUGUAUGGAGAACUGUUUUACCGGAAUUCGAAGGUAAAGAACCGUCCACCUGUUCGCAUGAUGUUACAAUCUAUUCUAAAGGGAAUAUUGCUAGAUGCCCAGAGGUUAAUCAAAUCAACACCUUAUUGUUGGCUAUCUACAUGGUGGUAACACACAUAAUUCUUGUUAAUAUUCUCAUUGCAAUGUUUUCGAAUACAUUCACCAAAGUUCAAAACAACAACGAACUGGUCUGGAAGUUUCACAGAUAUUCCCUCGUCCAGGAGUAUUAUGAUAAAUCUAUGCUGAUACCACCUUUGAUUAUCUUAAGUCACAUGGUCAGCAUGGUUCAGUGUAUAUAUUUUAAGUGUCGAGGUAUCACACAUAGACAUAACCUGUUCCAGAUGGAGCGAACUGAUUUGUCAAACAAAUUAGAAGAGAAGGCAGUUUACAGAUAUUUCAAUCUGCCAGCUCGGAUGAGACGAUAUCAUGCCAAAACAAUGGAGGCCGAAACAGACGAGCUUGAAGCUAGUUAUGAACAAGAUACAGAACUCAACUUACAAGAGCAAUUUGAUUUACUAUCGUCGGAAAUGGAUUCAAUGCAGGAAAAUCAGUUCAAAACUUUACAGGCUAUUAACCAAUUGAAAGAAAAACAGCAGAAGCUAUUGAUAGUUGAUGUUAAUUCCAAAACACAUGGCCAAAUAUUUGUACCAAUGGAAGUCCCUAUAAAGCGAUCAAAUUUACCGUGAGGGAACAAAAAUUGCACCAAUGUUGACCGUUUCUUUAACCUUCGUUAAUAUAUGCUCCGUACACUUUGUGUUUAUCUUGUAGAUGUAUCAUUAUUAACUACAUGUUUUCACCUAUUAAAUUUUGAAUCCAUAUCGAAUCAUAGAAAAUCAUGGUCUGAACUGACCUCCAAACCAUCAAUGAUUCUGUAAUAAGGAGUACCUAAAUUGCAGUGUCAACAGUCGAAAAACAGAGUUUUUGUUAAAUUCUUCAAAUAUUUUGAACAAUUGGAAAUAAGUCGAUUAUUACUCUAUGUUUCUGUAUGAAAAUGAAUGCUUGUAACAUAUUGUAUCUCAUAAUUUUAAAACGCUGAAGUUUUGAUGACGUCGUACGGCAAAGGUUACGUACAUUUUUUUUUCAGUAAACACUUCAUCUAUAGAUAAUGCGGAAGAUUUGUUGAUAUCUAAAUUUAUUUUUCUAUGUUUAAAGACGUGCAUAGUAUCAAAUCAUUAACAUACAAUUUUUUUAGGCACUAUGAAAUCUUGUUAGAUUCCCUCUGCUUUUUGUGCUAGAUAGGUGCAAUUUGGGUACUCGAUGCAAUUUGGGUACAGUGACGUUACCCUUUUAACGCCUAAAUCUGUAAUAACAUUUUCAGUUUCUGACAUCCAGUUUCAAUAACGCAAAUAUACAUUUUUACCAUACAUUUUCUCAAAUAUGCAUACAAGAACAUUAUCAAUCAAUGUAAACAUUAGGUGUG